UUCCCGUUUUCUUCUCCCGUUUGUAUUUGCUGCUUCCUUCCCGUCGGCUGCCGCUGUCUGUCCGCGGCGGCGCCGCUGCUGGGAGGCGUGUCCGGGCCUGGCAGCGAGGGGAGAGCAGCGUCAUGGCCAAUGUGCUCUGUAACAGAGCAAGAUUGGUCACCUACCUCCCAGGCUUUUAUUCCUUGCUCAAAAGAGUUGGGAAUGCCAAAGCUUUUUCCACUGCAGGAUCCUCUGGCUCGGAUGAGCCUCACGUGGCUGCUGCACCUCCUGAUUUAUGUCCCAGGACGGUGUGGCCGGACGAGCUGAUGGGUCCCUUUGGGCCGCAGGACCAGCGGUUCCAGCUGCCCGGGCACAUGGGCUUCGGGUGUCACCUGCAGGGCACCGCGCCCCCCCGGAGCCCCCCGAGCCUGCCCGACCUCCUGGCAGAGCCCUCGGCCGCCGACCGCCACCAGUUCGUCAUGGCACAGUGCAUCAGCGAGCUCCAGGGUUCUGAUGCUCCCCAGAAGCAGCAGAUCAAUAAUGCUGAGACCUACUUUGAGAAUGCCAAGGUGGAGUGUGCAGUGCAAGCCUGUCCUGAGCUGCUGAGAAAAGAGCUGCAGCCGCUGUUCCCCGAGCUGGGCGCGCGCAGCCUGACGGUGCUGACGGUGACGCAGAGGAGCGCGCAGGACAUGAGCGCCUGGAGCCCCGAGGUGCAGCAGGAGCGGGAGCAGCUCCUGGACAACUUCAUCAAUGGUGCCAAGGAAAUCUGCUAUGCAAUUGCUGCUGAGGGCUACUGGGCUGAUUUCAUUGAUCCCACCUCAGGACUGGCAUUUUUCGGGCCUUACACCAACGACUCGCUGCUGGAGACCGACGAGCGCUACCGGCACUUGGGCUUUGCCGUGGAUGACCUGGGCUGCUGCAAGGUGAUCAGGCACAACCUUUGGGGUACCCACGUGGUGGUGGGCAGCAUCUUCACCAACGCUGAGCCCCACAGCCCCAUCAUGAGGAAGCUCAGUGGCCACUGAGCCCUCCAGCUCCUUUUGGCCUCUUGGGAUUCGUGGAGUCCUUGGGCGAUUCUCCAUCGGCAUCGCUGGGAGUUCCUCUCUUCCCAAGGUUCUUGGAGAAUAAAAGUAGCUGUUAUUUAUUCCUGGUCUUUUGGGGAAUGUAUGUUCACCACUUGUGGGUUUGGUAUAUGGAUUGGCAGCGUUGAGAAACAAAGGAAUUAUCAUUUCCUUUUUAAAUUUUCCAUUUUAUCUUGCCUCAACCGUUCUUUCGCUGGUCGGUUUAGUGUUCAGAAUCCUCUGAAAAUGCCACUGAAAUUCCCAACAAAUUGCCAUUCCUGAAAUUAGCAACUGGCCAAAAAAACGGAAUGAGUCAUAAAAUUGUUCUCCCAGAAUACAGAACUUAAUAAAAUCUGAGCUAAUCACUCAUUUGCUGUUGGAAAAUGAGAAUGAGGUCAACUUUCAGUGGUCUCCAACUCAAAAUCCUUAAUUAUCCUGGAAUUACUCAUCUCUUACUGUUUUUUUUGUCUUCAUGGUGCUUGGGAUUUAUUUUCUCAGUGUUAGCCAAAUAUAUUUAAUUAGCUUAUAUACCUAAAUGUAAUUUAAAGUUGCUUUUGUAACUUUCUUAGGUCAUUAAAUACAAAAAAAAAAAGAGAGAGAUAAUAGGGCAAUGCUUGGAUCUCAUCAUUGUUUUCCUGGACUUGGAUGCAAUCUAGACUUGCCUCUGGAAUUUGGAAAUGCAAGGAGUAAUUAGGAUCAAUUAUUGCAAUUAGAAAGAUGUUUCUGCAAGAAGGUUCCAGGCUGGUCAGGUCUCACAAAAACAAUCAGAUCCAUGGGGGAACAACAGGGCAGGAAUUCCAGGACACCUGCAACACCUGGAAUUUCAGUGCCUUGCACUCUGGCUCUGGGGCAGAAGCAAUAAAAAAAAAUAAAAAUAAAAAUAAAAAAAGCAAUAAAGCAGAUUUGGAUCUCCUCCCAGGUAGUGUGGAGCCAUUUUCCAUCCUUCAGCUUUGCUCCCUCUGCCUGAGGAUCCUGGGAUUUUCACUGAAUUUUUGGGCUUUUUUUACUCCAAAGAUUUUAUUCCUGUUUUUUUCUUUUCUCCUUCUCAUCAAGAGGAUUAAAGAAGUUGAAAAUGCA